UAACUCUAUUACACUUAGUCUGUAUGCAGGAGAUCGUUUCGUCUUGUUUAAUCCACAAGAAGAUUGUAAAAUCUGCAAUUAGGAACGAUUUUGUCAUUGAGUAAUAUCCUACUAUUCCACUUCAGUGAUGACUGUGCUAUCACGGUUACAAGCAGCUGCCCCUAUGGUGAGGCAGCUACACAGAACUCAAGUUUGGGGAUGGCUUGUUAGAGGCAGUGAUGCGCAACACAGUUUAAUAGCACGAGGGCUAAGACAGCCUCGAGGAAGGAGCAGGCAGGGAGGAAUGAACCUGGCUCCGCAGACAGCUUUGGAAACUGCUCAGGAAAGUCAGGCAGGGUCAAGCCUGCUGAAGGGUGUGUUAUUUACCGCUGGCUUUUGUGGCACGACUUUCGUUGGUGCGGCAAUCUGGCAGUAUGAGACACUUCGGUCUCACCUGAGCCAGAGGUCAUGGACAGACUGGGUUAAUAAACAGUGGAAUGAAAUGGAAGGAUGGCAGCACAAGCAAGGAGACAUUAGAAAGGAAAUUAAUAAAUGGUGGAAUGAUCUCACAGAGGGACAGAAAGUCUUCUGGCCAAUAUGUUUUAUCAACACCGUUGUGUUUGCCUGUUGGAAUAAUCCAGCCCUUCAAAGAACGAUGUUGAAAUAUUUCUGUUCAAACCCAGCAGCUCGAGCUGUAUGUUGGCCAAUGUUCCUUUCUACUUUCAGUCACUUUGCAUUCUUCCAUCUGGCAAUGAACAUGUAUGUGCUACACAGCUUCAGUACUGGUGUUUGUGCUUCGUUAGGUAGAGAACAGUUUCUUGCCAUGUAUCUAAGUGGAGGUGUCGUGUCCUCUUUAGCCAGCCAUGUCUUCAAAGUAGCAAUGAGGUGUCCUGGACCAUCAUUAGGAGCUUCAGGAGCCAUCAUGGCCCUUCUAGGUUAUUUCUGCACACAGAAUCCAAAUGCACAGCUCGGCAUUGUCUUCAUCCCAGGAAUAAAUUUCUCUGCUGACAGUGCUCUCAAAGCCGUCAUGUGCCUGGAUGCUGUGGGGAUUGCCCUAGGGUGGCGUACAUUUGAUCAUGCUGCCCAUCUGGGAGGAGCUCUCUUCGGUUUGCUGUAUGCUCUGUAUGGGACAAAAUACAUUUGGGGGAACAGAGAGCCCAUCAUGAGGCAAUGGCAUGAAAUUAGAAGUAAAGCCAAUGAGAGGCUUGAUGGGAAACCAAAAGAUGAGUGAUUUGUUGGUUUAUAGAUUUCAAUAAUAGUUUUGAGUAAUUUGCAAUGCUUUCUUCUCUUUUUGUUUUGUUUGUUGUAAUGGCUGUAUUAUUAGAAAAAUGUUUAGGGUUCCUUUUUGGUGCUGAGAAAACUUAAACUACUUCCCUCUAUCCUGUAGCCAUAAAGGUACUAUAUAAUGAGAGAAAUUCCCCCCAAAAAUGAGCUUGGAAGAUUUUGAUUAUGGUUUAUCCACCCUUUACCAUUCUGUAUGAAGUGACUCAAUGAAUUUUGGAAUUUUUUCUUCUUUUUUAAUUACUGUAGAAACUUUUGUCUCCAGAGAUUUUUUUUUUUUUUUUCAAUGAAUGUAGAAAGGUAAAACUAUCUAAAAAUAAGUACAUGAAUAAACAAAAUCCUCUAGAGGAAAUUUGAACAACAUGCCAGGUUCUUUCAAAGGAGCAGCUUUGACAUUGUUCAGAUUUUACAAUAGGUCAUUGGAGCUAUUGUAAUUAAUCUGUCUUUCAGAUGAAUUAUUAUUUUGAAUAUCAUUGUUAUUAUUAUUAUUGCUGUUAUUAUCGUUAAUGUUAUUAUUAUUAUUAUUAUUAUUAUUAUUAUUAUUAUUAUUAUUAUUAUUA